CCUUUAAAAUUACUAGAAGUUUAGUUUAUUGUUUCCCAUGGCUGAUCGCUACGAUCGUGCCGUAACCAUUUACUCGCCCGAUGGCCAUCUGCUGCAAGUGGAGUACGCCCAGGAGGCAGUGCGCCGUGGAUCCACAGCGGUGGGACUACGCACCAAUGAUUGCAUUGUGGUGGGUGUGGAGAAGCGCUGCGGCAAUCCGCUGUUUGAGGAGCGUUCCAUGCGCAAGAUUUGCAUGCUCGACGAGCACGUGGUAAUGACCUUUGCCGGCCUCACUGCGGAUGCCCGCGUCUUGAUCAGCCGCGCCCAAGCGGAGGCCCAGAGCUAUCGUUUGAAUUUCGAGCGGCCCGUAACGGUGGAGUACAUAACACGCUUCAUAGCGCAGAUGAAGCAGAACUACACCCAGAGUAAUGGACGGCGCCCCUUCGGGCUCUCCUGCCUGAUGGGCGGCUUCGACGGUGAUGGCAAGCCGCAUCUGUUCCAAACGGAGCCAUCGGGCAUCUACUACGAGUGGUCGGGCAACAGCACUGGCCGCGCCGGCCACACGGCACGCGAAUACAUGGAGAAGCAUGCGGGCGAGCUGGUCGACUCCGUGGACGAGCCGACGGCCGUCAAGCAUGUGGUGCGCACCCUGAUGAGUGGCACCACGCUCAACGAACACCAACUGGAAGUGGCUGUGCUGCGCUUCAAUCAGCCACUCUGCAUGAUUGAGCGCCACGUUCUGGCGGAUCACAUUGAGGCCAUACGCCGAGAGAUCGAUGCGGAGCUCAAGGCCACGCAGCUGGCAAACAAAUUGUAAAUCUGUAGCCUUUGUGUGUACAAGUAAUGGCAAUGGUAGAUGCCCUGCGGCACUACUAUCAAACAUUGAGAGCAAUUCCUCAUUCUA